GUUUUGUUUUUGUGAAGCUCUAGUUUUAUCCCACCGCUGAAGUUUAAGCGUUUGUCACCGUCCUACGCGCCGUUUUGUUUUUAUCCGCGUGAAAAUGGCCACAGACUCUCCUCGCAGACCCAGCCGCUGUGCAGGAGGAGUGGUGGUGAGGGCUCAGGCAUUCACGGAGCAGUCGUACAUGGAGAGCGUGGUGACAUUCCUUCAAGAUGUGGUUCCUCAGGCUUAUACUGGAGCGCCUCCUACUGAUGAAAAAGAGAAGGUCAUUUGGGUUCGAUUUGAGAAAGCUGACAUCAACGACACGGCGCGUAACCCGGAGUUCAUGGAGAUGCACAGCGGGACCACGGAGCCUCCUCUGUGCCUCAUGAUUGGAUACACGGACGGGCUGCAGAUCUGGAGCGUGUCUUUGGCAGGUGAAGCUCAGGAGCUGUUCUCAGUUCGUCAUGGUCCUGUCCGAACGGCCCGGAUCCUGCCUGCGCCUCAUAUCAGCCCUGUGAAGACGGAUAGCUUCUCCGACAAGAGGCCUCUGCUGGGGGUGUGCAAGAGCGCGGGGUCGUCCGGGACGAGCCCUCCGUACUGCUGCGCUGACCUGUACUCUCUGAGGACUGGAGAGAUGGUCAAAUCCAUUCAGUUUAAAACGCCCAUCUACGACCUGCACUGCAACAAACAUAUCCUCGUGGUGAGUCUACAGGAGAAGAUCGCCGCCUUCGACAGCUGCUCCUUCACCAAGAAAUUCUUCGUCACAAGCUGCUACCCCUGCCCCGGCCCCAGCCUCAACCCCAUCGCUCUGGGCAGUCGCUGGCUCGCCUACGCUGAGAACAAGUUGAUACGAUGUCAUCAGUCCAGAGGAGGAGCGUGCGGAGACAACGCCCAGUCCUACACGGCCACGGUCAUCAACGCCGCUAAAACUCUAAAGACCGGCCUGACUAUGGUGGGUAAGGUGGUGACCCAGUUGGCGGGGACGAUACCCGCCGGGACGCCCGACGAGGAGGGCAGCCCCCACAGCGCCACCCGCCGCAGCCCGCACAGCCCCGGGGUCGUCACCAUCAUCGACACCCACAGCGUCGGAGAGGGACAGGUCCUGGUGAGUGAGGAAUCGGAUGGGGAGGGAAUCGUGGCCCACUUCCCAGCUCAUGACAAGCCCAUAUCCUGCAUGCAAUUCAACCCCAGCGGGAUGCUGCUGGUGACCGCUGACUCUCUGGGCCACGACUUUCACGUGUUCCAAGUCCUGACCCACCCCUGGGCCUCAGUGCAGAGCGCAGUGCAUCACCUGUACACACUGCACCGCGGAGAGACGGAGGCCAAGGUGCAGGACAUGUGCUUCAGCCCGGACAGUCGGUGGGUGGCGGUCAGCACCCUCCGCGGCACCACCCACGUCUUCCCCAUAAACCCGUACGGCGGCGCCCCCUGCGCCCGCACCCACAUGUCCCCCCGCGUGGUCAACCGCAUGUCCCGCUUCCAGAAGAGCGCCGGGCUGGAGGAGAUGGAGGCGGAGCUGAACAGGGCCGGGGCGGGUGGAGGAGGAGGAGGUGGAGGAGGAGCGGCGCCGGGAGCCUGUAUCCUGGGAGGAGCGGGGGGCAUCGGGGGACGCUGCAGCCCCAUCCCGGGCCUCUCCAGCAGCCCGUCUGGAUCUCCACUGCACGCCAAACUGAGCGGUCAGGACUCGUACAACAACCUGUCCAACAACAGCAUGGGGAACCCUCGCGUGUCGCCUCUGCCCAGCCUCACGGUGGUGCUGCCCCUGGCCCAGAUCAAACAGCCCAUGACCCUGGGGACCAUCACCAAACGCACAGGCAAAUCGAAGCCGCCUCCGCAGAUCUCGCCCAGUAAGUCCAGCGGAGGAGAGUUCUGCGUGGCCGCGCUCUUCGCCUCGUCCAGGUCCUGGUUCCUGUCCAACCCCAACAUCAAGAGAGAGAAAGACCAGUCGCGGCAGUCGGUGGUGGACUCCCUCUACAUCCUCAGCUGCUAUGGAAACUUAGUCGAACACGUCCUGGAGCCCCGCCCCCUCGCCACGGUAACCAAGAUCAGCGACGACACGCCCCUCGAGCUCAGCACCUGCCCCCGAGCCUGCUGGAUCCUCACCAGGACUCCGCAGUGGAACGAGCUGCAGCCUCCGUUUAACGCUAACCAUCCUCUGGUGAUGUCAUCAGACCUGGUCCAGUACUACCAGUACCUCCUGGCCGUUACGUGCGUUUCGGUCGCUCUUCCCGCUGUGCAGAGGUUCACGAUUUGA